CAAUAUUGUGUGUUUGCAGCAGAUAACUAAACUUCAGACCAUAUUGGGCAAAUCAAUUCCGUGAAAAUAGGCGAAACAAACAAAUAUGGCUGACGGCGUGGUAUUAGAUCUUUAUGCCGAAGAUUUGGAUACACAAAAUCAGGAUGAAUUUGCUGGCGAUGGAGUGGAUUUAUACGAUGAUAUAGGUGGGGCGCCCGAAGCCAAUAAUAGUGGUGCUGCAAUCGCACCAGCAACGGGUGGUGGUGAAAGCCCCAGUUCGGGAAAUAAUGGCGCAGAAGGUGGUGCUGGAAAUGCCGGAACAAACGGAGUCUACCAUCAAGGUGCUGGUAGUUUGGCUCCCAAUCAAGCUGGUAGGCGUUUUCAAUUGUAUGUGGGAAAUUUGACAUGGUGGACAACUGAUCAAGAUAUUGCUAAUGCUAUACGCGAUAUAGGUGUCACCGAUUUUCAAGAGGUGAAAUUUUUCGAGAAUCGUGCCAAUGGUCAAUCGAAAGGUUUUAGCGUUGUUUCAUUGGCAUCGGAAAACAGCAUGCGUUUGGUUUUGGAGCGCUUGCCGAAAAAAGAAUUGCAUGGCCAGGCGCCAGUUGUUACAUAUCCAACGAAGCAGGCUUUAAAUCAAUUUGAGAGUCUACAAAAAACACGUCCAGUACCACCACCGCAACAAAAUGGACCACCAAGAGGCCCAGCACCACCCAACAUGAUGCCGGGCGGACCAAUGCCACCACAUCCAGGCGGGCCACAAGGAGUACCACCGGGACAUCAGCAACGUCUGCCCAUGAAUCCGAAUAUGCCGCCAGGUCAAUUUAGGCCACAGCAUAUGCCACCACAAGGACCGCCCGUUGGUCAGGGACCUCCCCGAAUGCAGCCACCUAUGCAUCAGGGACCACCAAUGGUACCACAACAAGGCAUGCAAGGACCACCACGUUUUGGCCAGCAACAGUCACAAUGGCCGGGUCAGCCACGUCCGAAUGGUCCCCGACCAGGACCCAUGAAUGGACCGCCACAACGUCCUCCGCAAAUGUUUCAGGGACCUCCUGGCGGUAUGCCAAUGCGUGGCCCGAGACCUGACUGGAGACCUCCCAUGCAUGGAGGCUUUCCGCAGGGACCGCCUGGUGGCCCACCCCAGGGGCCACCACAUAUGCAGGGCCCUCCUAGAGGUCCUCCGGGUGGCCCUCCACAAAUGGGUGGUCCUGGUGUUCCUCCACCUGGAGGACCACACGGCGCUCCUGGUGGUCCGGCUCCACAUGUCAAUCCCGCAUUCUUUAAUCAGCCUGGCGGUGGUCCUCCACAACACCCUGGUGGCCCACCUAUGAGUGGAGGCCCGCCACAUGGUCCACCCGGUCCCCAACAGGGAAUGAAUAUGCCACCCCAGCACGGACCACCUCCCCACUUUGCACAGCAGGGUGCACCACGGGGGCCUUGGCCUGGUCCGCCGGGACCGGUUAAGCAACAAACCUUCCCGGACCAACAACAGCCCAUGGGACCUCAACUAAGUGAAGCUGAAUUUGAAGAAAUAAUGGGUCGCAAUCGCACAGUUAGCAGUUCUGCAAUUGCAAGAGCGGUAUCGGAUGCUGCAGCCGGUGAAUACUCCAGCGCUAUUGAAACAUUAGUCACAGCAAUCUCAUUGAUUAAACAAUCGAAGGUGGCUCACGAUGAACGUUGCAAAAUAUUGAUUAGCUCACUGCAGGACACAUUGCACGGCAUUGAAACGAAAAGUUAUAAUAGACGUGAACGAUCAAGAUCACGUGAUCGAUCUCAUCGACAGAGGCCGCGACGUGAAAGAUCAUCAUCACGGUAUCGUGAGCGAUCACGCGAAAGGGAACGUGAUCGAGAAAGGGAACGAGAUCGUGAUGCUGGAGGUUAUCGCGAUCGCUCUAGAAGCCGUGAACGAGAACGUCCUAGUACCAAUGAUCACUAUCGUGAUGAUAGUUCCAGCCGUUCGGCAAGAGCACGAAAAACUCCCGAACCAGCGGGCGGCGAUGUAGGCACCGAAGCACCAUCGAAGCGUAGUUACUACGAGGAACGCUAUCGGUCAUCCGAUCGUGACCGCGAACGUGAACGGGAUCGUGAUCGCGAACGUGAUCGUGACCGUGAUCGCGAGCGUGAACGUGACCGAGAACAUCGUUCCAGACAUUAGUCAUAUUGAC